AUGCGGGCUCGCACACUUUCGGCCGCCGGCCUGACCAUCACGCGGACUUCCUCAACCUCCGUGUGCUCCCAAUGCCUUCGCGAUGACCUCCGUUUGACCCAGUCCUUCAUCCAAUCUCGCAAAUACCGCCCUGGUCGCCGGCAAGAUGCCUCUCCAUUCGGUGCAGCAGCCACCGCGGCCCAGGCCAUCUUCAAGGGCCUGCCGAAAGCACCUCCGGGCGUUUCGGUUGACCCGUUGCGAAUCGUGGGCAAGGAAUUGAAGUUCUUGAGUAAUAAUAUUCGCCAAUUAUUGGGGUCGGGACACCCAGCGCUGGAUAAGGUGGCCAAGUACUAUACUCGCAGCGAGGGAAAACAUAUGCGGCCAUUGCUGGUUUUGCUCAUGUCCCAAGCCACGGCUCUCGACCCGCGCAAAGACCUGACCAGAACGCCAAACACAAAGCCCGUCGAUAUCUCUCUCAGCCCGCUCUCCAUUCUCGAGGACGCAAACCCAGACACCGAUCCCGUCGUACCCAAGCCCGGCGAGGUCCAGAACAGCUUCAUUGGCGAUGACAACAUCCUGCCGAACCAGCGCCGGCUGGCGGAGAUUACGGAACUUAUUCAUACCGCCUCUCUCCUUCAUGACGACGUAAUUGAUAAUGCGGAGACCCGUCGUGGCAGCGCCUCGGCGAAUAUUGAGUUUGGAAACAAGAUGGCGGUGUUGGCUGGCGAUUUCCUGCUGGGUCGGGCGUCUGUGGCACUGGCCCGGCUGCUAGACCCGCAAGUGAUUGAGCUUAUGGCAACUGUGAUCAACAACCUGGUGCAGGGCGAGUUCAUGCAGUUGAAGAACACUGCUAAGGACGAGGCCAAGCCCGUGUACACCAACAAUACCGUGGAGUACUACCUGCAGAAGACCUAUCUGAAGACUGCCAGUCUUAUUAGCAAGUCCUGCCGCUCUGCUGCAGUUCUCGGUUGCAGUGCUCCCGAAGUCGUUGAGGCUGCUUACGCCUAUGGUCGUAACCUCGGUCUUGCGUUCCAGUUGGUCGAUGACAUGUUGGAUUAUACUAUUACGGCAGCUGAGUUGGGCAAGCCCGCUGGUGCCGAUUUGGAGUUGGGUCUUGCUACUGCUCCGCUCUUGUUCGCGUGGAAGAGCAACCCUGAGCUUGGUCCUAUGGUUGGCCGUAAGUUCAGCAGAGAGGGUGAUGUUCAACGGGCUCGUGAGCUUGUCUACCAAAGCAAUGGCGUCGAGCAAACCCGUGCCCUGGCCCAAGACUACGCCGACAAGGCCGUGGCCGCCAUCAGUGACUUCCCCGACAGCGAUGCUAAGGCUGGACUGAUCGAGAUGGCCGAGAAGACCAUGAAGCGACGGAAGUAA